GGAAGGGAGGGAGGUGAAGAGGGAAGGAGGGGUGCGGACGAGGAGGAAAACCAGCGUGGCGCGCGCGCGCGCUCGUUCAACGCUUGAGCCGCCCCCGAAACCGCCGGCGCUUCUCUGUGUCCCCCCAGUCUGCGUCCGAACUGCGGAGCCGGCGGUUUCGAUUUGGGCGCUCCGUGUUUUAAGUUGGCAUCUCCCCCCACCCCGAUGGUUCACCGACGUCCCAGGACGCUUUGCCCGGUGGCGCUGGCGACCGCCGUGGCCCUGGUGUCCGUGGCCAGCGUGGCCCUUCGAGUUCCCCCGCCGUCGUCUUCCGACGUACGCCACGACGGCCUAGGGGUCGGCGGCGAAGUGGGCGCCGGCGUGAGCGGCGACGACGAACAGGCGUCGCCGCUGCCGACGCGGCGCCGGUUCGUCGGACUGUGCAACAGGGUGCCUCCGGGAGUGCUGACGGACAAGUCGCCCGGGUACAACAACUUCAGCAUUGUCAUCUCAGGCAGCCCCAAGAAGUACGUGCCGGGAGAAGCGUACACCGUGUCCAUACAAGGACGGAAAGAGGCACUCGGUGGAGCCACGUCUCAAAAGUUUAUAGGUUUUAUGUUGGUCGUAGAAUCUCAAGACCAGAAUAGGAUUACGCAAGACGUCGGAAACUUUCAGUUAUUCGGGGAUGCCUUGUCUAAAUUUUCAGAAGACUGUCCGCACGCGGUGGUGCAAACGUCGCUCGUGCACAAGGCCGAAGUCAGCGUGCUAUGGGUGGCGCCACCUGCCGGGUCCGGAUGUGUCGUUUUCAAAGCCACUGUAGUUGAAAACCGCGACUCCUGGUAUAUGGACGAAGGAGAGUUAACGAAGGAGCUGUGCCAGGAAGAGCAGGAGAACGACGACGAGCAACCAGAAGUACUUGACGAGUGUUGCGCCUGCGACGAGGCCAAGUACGAGAUGACCUUCGAGGGACUAUGGUCCAGAUACACGCAUCCCAAGGGAUUUCCCGACAACGAGUGGUUGACCCACUUCUCGGACAUAAUCGGCGCGUCCCACGCGGCCGACUUCAAGAUGUGGGAGUACGAGGGGUUCGCCUCCGAGGGCGUCAAAAGUGUCGCCGAACAUGGUGCCACCAAGAAACUCGAGUCCGAACUCAAGGCAGAGUCUGGUAAGAUCCGGACCAUCAUCAAGGCCCGUGGCCUGUGGUACCCAAACGUGAACGGCAAGACGUUCGCCGUGUUCCGGUUGGACAAGAAGCACCACGUGAUGUCGGUGCUCUCCAUGCUGGGCCCCAGUCCGGACUGGAUUGUCGGCGUGAGCUCGCUCGAGCUGUGCCUCAAGAACUGCUCUUGGAUCACCGAGAAGACCAUGAACUUGUACCCGUGGGACGCUGGCACCAGCGAGGGCGUCACCUACGUCAUCGGUCAGCGCGAGGCCACGUCCCCACAGCAGCGGAUCCAGAAGAUCACGUCCAGCAACCCGCACCACACGGACUCUCCGUUCUAUGACCCGACCGGAGCCCCCAUGAAGCCCGUGGCGAGGCUGACGGUCACGCGGCAGCGCAUCUACGAGAAGUCGUGCGACGAGGAGGUCGAGCCCAACACUCCGCCCCCGCUCGAGACGCCCGUGCCCGUGGACCAGAGGCCCGAGUGCGCUGUGACGGAGUGGUCCAAGUUCGGCUCGUGCAGCGUGACGUGCGGCCAAGGCGUCCGGACUCGCACCCGAAGCUUCCUGAUGCGGGACAAGGCGUUCAUGUUCAACUGCAAGACUCAGCUCGUCGACAGGGACGUCUGUGAGAUUGACUGCUCGGGUGGAGUGAGCUGCGAGACUACGCCGUGGAGUGAGUGGGGCGAUUGCAGCGUCACCUGCGGCAAGGGCGUGCGCAUCCGACAGCGCAAGUACAAGCAGCAUAUGGCGAGGAAGCGCUGCACGCUCGAGCUCAUGGAGAAGGAGAUGUGCGUCGCGCCCGUAAUGACCUGCAAGGACGCGCCCGAAGUGAUCGAUCCGAACUGCGCGGUGACCCAGUGGGCCGAGUGGUCCCCGUGCACGGCGACAUGCGGCAAGGGCAUCAAGGUCCGCACGCGGGCCUACCUCAACGCUAUGACGGCUGCCAUGGCAAUGUGCAACGUCGAGCAAAUUCAGAAGGCACCCUGCAUGGCAGAGAACGCCGACUGCAAGGUCGACAGCCAGGAAGCCCACGAGAUCUGCUUGCUGCCCAAGGACAUCGGCCCGUGUCGCGGUUACUUCCCUCGCUGGUACUACGACUCCACCAAGCGCAUGUGCCUGCAGUUCGUCUACGGCGGUUGCCGCGGCAACAGGAACCGAUUCGAGAGAUAUUCGGAAUGCAACAAGAUGUGCGAAGUCACAAUAUCACCGCCCCUGAGCACGCUGACGAGCCUGCCUCCACACAACGGGCUGCCGACCACCAGCGACGAGCCCACGUCCCCCGUCAUCGACUGCGUGCUCACGCCCUGGUCCCAGUGGGGGCCGUGCUCCAAGACGUGCGGCAACGGGCGCAGGGAACGCCGACGCAUGAUCAAGCUCAACCCGCAGAACGGAGGAAAGCCCUGUCCCAAAAAACUGGUCCAGCGGCGGAGGUGCAAGGAGAACCCGCCCUGCCCGGUGGACUGCAUGUUGACCCCGUGGAGUGAGUGGCGGCCCUGCUCGAAGACCUGCGGGGUGGGCGCCGUUCAAGAGCGGCACCGGACCAUCAAGCGGCACCCCAAGAACGGCGGCUCCACGUGCGACGCCACCUUCGAGCGACGCUACUGCACCCUCCCGCCCUGCGAUUACCAUCGCUAGGUGGCGCUCAUCCGCACGUCAUCGCGGUAGCCUCGGGCCACACGAGUCCAAACGGGAAGGGUACCUGAGGACGUUACCGCUACAUCGACCAAUGACAACACGGCAAACACGACACCCACAUAUCGCCAAGACCUUCUCUGCUUCAGACCCUGCAACAAGCUACUGCUGCUACUUACUACUAGUGCCGCUGCUGCUGCCUGUAUCACUGCUGCUACCAAGCUUCUCUCAGAUUCAGUCGCCCCUUGAAGAUGCAUCUCUUAACGCUGGUUAGCGGACAAAGAAUAUCACGUGACGGUGCUGAUUACCGUUAUUGGUAUCAUUCUUUCUUGCUAGUACAAGCAACAAAAAGAGACGCUCUCCUGCUUCCUGGCAUAGCAAGACGUACAAGACGACGUGGUUCCGUAGAAUGAAAACUGCUUAUAGUUGCUAAUCCCCGUUGCGAGGAACUGAAUCGUCUGCUACGCCUCGAUGGCGCCCUCCGCAUAGCCUCGCACUCUGAACGCCUACACUUAGUGAUCUAGAUUGCCGAUGCUGGUGUAUUGGUAAACACAAACCCACGCUUUCUUCUUUUAAGCAGACCCAGUUCAAGUGUUGAGCGUAUUCGGCUUGGCAAAAGCCCGGUGAAACCUUUAUUACAAUGUAAUAUUGAGGUUGUAUUUUUUUUUUUUUUUUUUGUCCAGCAAGCAACUUCAAACGUCAAAGUAACCCUGGGCUCCCAUUUUGUACAUUCUGUUUUUACCAAGCGAAUUUAUUUUAUAAUUCAAUCUACGCACACCAACAGAAAGAAACGUAAUUGACCAAAGGUAUAAUAGCUAGUGAAAGCAGCCUUUCUUAGUUGAAAUCCUUACCGCCUAGUUCUCGAAUGAAGGCAUUUUAGCAGACUGUUCAGUUGUCUUGCCGAAAUCCCAGCGUUAUCACGUACUGCUAGCUUGGAGUUGUGUCCGUUGGAAAUGUGUAGGAAACACACUCAAGCCGACAACGCAAGCAAAAGCCCUCAACCAGGUGUACACAUGUCUUCCGAAGCGCGUCUUUGUGCCUCCGUUGCUUUCAACGGUGUGCAUGUUAUCGGUGAGCUGCAGAUCUGCACAAAAUCUGAGGUCUGUACUAUGUGCUCUCGUUUUUGUAUGUUCCUGUGUGUGUUCUUGUGUAAUCGAGAUAUUAACGAGGCGGUGCCUUUCACAAUCUACAGUCGCUCUCUUAUUUUAUUCACCACCGGCGACGCUGUGGCUACGAUGGCUGACCCCCGAAAGACUUUAGAGCGGCUAAAUCCUCCCAUAACCCUCAUCUCAGACCGACACCAGGGGAUGGUAUUUCGCAGCAAACAUUUUGGUAAUCGUCUGCGUACCGUGCUGACAUCUAGUGGUUGGCGAACGUUAACAUGUGAAGAAGUUUGAUUUCCCGUUCUGUUGUGGGAACUGUAAACUUAUUAUUAGUCAUUCUUCUUAGUUUUUCUAUUCGUUAGUAGCACUUUAACAAUCCAGAUCUAGAGUAUUCGAUUGACUAGUUGCAAGUACGAGGGAAGCCAAUAUGUCACCGGUGUGGUGCCAUGGCUAUCAUUUGCAAAUAAACAUUUAAAUUAUCAUUUGAUUUUUUUGGUUUUGUUACAGGCAUCUAAACAAUGCGAAUUUACUGUUCAAAGUUCGCCAUCCACCCUCAAACUUGUCACAGUCAGACUAGGUUGCGAAACUAACUCCUUGCCGAUCCCUUGCUAAAACAUCGUCGUUUUUAGAAUAGAUGACAAGUGCUUCCUUCCACAGCAUGUAUCUAUACUCUCCAUCAUGUGUUGCCUGCACCAGCGAAGAGAGCGGAGCUCCAGAUCUGUCUUUGCAACGACGGCACAGAGUUCUCUUGUCGAGACAUCACGGGCUAAGGCAUACUGACCAGCCAGGAAAAAAAAAUGCAAAGGUACACUGAGAAACACAGUUGCCCUCAACGUGCGAAGAUAGUCGGUUUCCCCGCGUAGUUGCUCCAUUGAGUCCAUCCUUUAUGCAUCAAUAACGAGAAGCGACAAACAGGCUUCCUAAUUUCACUGUUAAGAGACUCCCCAGACGUGAGUUUGAAACUGCUGGUGUAAAAAGAAAAAAGCGCUAAUGUACGCGUACGUUUCUUGUUAACUGGUGACGUAUAGAAAUUCACGAGUAAAUCACAGUAACUAAGAUUCUGACUUCUCAGAUUGGUCGCAAGUUAGAGAAAUUGAGGGGCUUCACAAGAUAUUGACUCGGCUAAGAAUCUUGACGGUUAUCAUCUGCUUCUUCUCAAGACUCAAGUACAGCGUUAUAAAGGGUAUGGUGAGCGAGCGGGCGCCUUGGGCGAGUUUUUCUAUCGCCCAAAUAUUUAGCACGCAGAAACAUAUUAAAGACCCACAUUCUCGCGAGUGUGCGUUUGAUAGCGCCGUACACAAUGUGUGAGUAGAGCCUCUGAAUUAGUAGGUUUAGAGUAACGGCACCUCAUUCCUUGAUUUUCUUGUGGGCGCCGCCAUUUUGGUGAGUAGUGCAAACUGGAUUGGAUUUGGAUUGGAUUUGUUGGCUUUGCGAGCAAUACUGACGACCGUUACAAUUCGAAAAUGCGGCCUCCUGAGCCAUGGUUACGGCGUGAGAAAAGUCGGGCGAUAUCGUUGCUCUGUCGCGGACUCUCUUAACAUUUCUGUAGGACGGAAAGGCGUUUCCUGUGAUUUUACAAAGAGCUUUAAACACCUGACAACAAUGAUUUCAUGCCGCGAGAGGGCUGACCUCUUAAGUAUCGUACUUUGAAGCGUAGUUUAUUUUGUGCCUCUAAAAUAACCAUUCAGUUAUUUUUAAAACCUCUUUACACCUUAGCUAUAGUGCCCUCGGACGCAGCGUCGAGGGGGUCCUUGAUUUAACACUGGUGUGCGUAACACGCGACACGGGAGCAUAGUUAGAACCUUGUUUAUUGUGCAUCGUUGUAACGUUAGUGGAAUCGUGCGUGUAGCACGCAAGCGUUGUCUUUUCAGUACGUAUGUUGCGUGUGCGUGCAUGUGUUAUUUGUUUUCGAGUGUCUUGAAACUUGCGUUAUACGUUUGAGAAAUGAAGUUUGCUACGUGGCUCACUGAGUGUGCCAUCUCAUACCACAACCAGUGGGAACUACAAGGUCACAGUUGCGAUCCGAUCGAGUGAUUUUGUUCUGGGUUAGGGAGGAACCAUUCUCCAAAUUGUAAGACGUCAACGUGACGGGGGGGGGGGGGGGGGGGGGGGGGGGAAGCAAGAUUUAGAGACACUUAAAAGUUGUUUCAAAAUGUAACCCAGACCCACACCCGAACCCAGACCAAGAAUCUGUCCCAUGGACUCUGAACGUUCACUAAACAAUGCUUUUGACCGUACACUUCCUGUGCAAAAUUAAACCCUUUUAGGGCGUUACUCCGAUCACGAGCUCCAAGGAUGAAAAAAAAAAUUCAGAAAUUAUUAGUAUUUGCCUCCUGUUGUCUCAUAUACUCUAUCUAGGCUUUAAAGCAUACUUUCUCUCUUCUGCUCUGAGGCGAGCUCAGGCGCGGAGUCAGAAAAGCAAUGGAGCAAGGCAAUUGAUUGUUCGACGCCCGACCAGGCUUCGGCCAAUCGUAAGCGCGGUUUAGACCAACCUCGCUCUUCCGUUACUGCCUUCAGAGUUCUAAUUCGCCAUUGCCGCCUGGUCCCCCACGCGAAAAGAAUAUUUGCCCAUGUUCUCAGUCUCGUUUGAUUCAUCCUCUUAACCACUUUUAGCAAUGCGUAAAAAAAAAUUACUAGGAGAAUACAUUUUACUUCCCGGAAAUUCAAAGGCCUUGGCGCGGGCAGGCUUUGCGUAGUUCGAACGGCUGGAUGCGCCGCAGUCUCGGGGUUGUUGCUCUCAAUUGGGAGGGGUGGCUACCGCCAUCUAUCGUCGGGGUCAUCUUAAGCGCCAGUCGAGGCAGCCGUCCUGUCUGUCUUGGCGAUCCCGGUGUCUCGGUGCGCCGGCGGUCGCCCUCUCCGCCGGCUCCGCGGACCUGCGCCACAGCGCAAUGAGCACGCGUUCUCUUGGACGCGAGUCACUCACGCAGUGCGCUAUCUAAUACAAAUGAAUGGAGUGGAAUGUAUUCUCUCUAGUAAAGAAUUUUAAUGAAUCGUUGAUCGCGUCUUUUCUGGGCUGCCUUCAUGUGCGCUUUGCUUAGGUUGAUGACACCUAACAAUUUUGUUCCGAACGCUUAUCUUCCUUGUUCUGAAGCGCGUGAAAAAGAGUCUCCUUGCACGCCCUCUUGGCCUUGAAUGUGCUACAGGGAUAUUUUGUAUGGGGGGAUCUCUUUUUUUUCCUGAGCGCGUGCUGCCGGCAUCUGGUACUACAAAGGAUGUCAUCACCCUAAACAGAAGGACAUUGAGGUACCCUAGCCUUUGUAUAAAGGCGAAAACAGAAAUUAUAAGAAUCUGGAUUUGGCUUCAAGGCGUGCAUCACGUACACAAAAGUUAAAAAGGCAACAUUUUUCACACCUAGCGCCAUCAUAAUUACAUUUGCAUAUGGGAACUGUAUCGUUUUCAGUAAGAUCCAAUAUGGUGGCCAAAGUUUCUUCUUCAUCAAAAUCAACACAAAACAAAGAAACAAACAACAACAAAAAAGAACAGCACUACCCGCCGAAACCGAAACGUCUACGAACAUUUGUGUGACGUCAUAGAUGUCCUCUGCGCGGGCGACUAAUAAACAAAAUUACGUCACGUCAAAAAAAUAUUUUUUUUUCUUGCCGCAGUCGCGCGCGGCGCCAUCGUUCACGAUAGAUUAAAUGACUGGUCAAUUUAUUUCCAGAGCAAAAAGUUAAUCUGACCUGGAUCAGUAAAGCUAGAACGCCUCUGGUACGGAUUUAGACUUGCGAUUCUACUCCCAAUUAGUGAACCACUUCCAAAAGCCGCGUUGAUUAUCCGAAGCCACCAAGGCCACUAUACUUUGGGCAUUCACUUUGAGCACGCAUUCAACACCAGUGUUUUAUCAGCGUACGGCGAGAAAUCGGACCCACACACACGCUUCGUGCAGCAAACGAUGCCCAAAUAUACGGUGGUAACCUGUGUUGCUUGAUGAACUUUUUUUUAAUGGUGUCUUGGGUUCUUUUAGAAGCUUCGGAGUUCGACGGCGUGAUGUGAUCAAUGACACGUGCGUGUUUUCAAGACGCGCCCGUUUCGCAGCUAGAACUGCAACGAAAACCUCGAUCUGUCAUUUAAUUUGGAUUGGCACACGUGAAAAGUGACUCCGUAGUAACGCCUCUUUCCCUACCGACGUACUUGUUGCUAUAGGCGAAGCUACUGUACAGUUAGAUCACUGUUAUUCAGAUGCAAUAUUUCAUAAAUAAAGCAACCUCUUCAGAAAAUCGAAA